UUGGCUUCCUCGAGCUCUUAUCUUGUUCCAAAGCUAUUGACAAAUCAAUGAAGGGAGGAGAUGGAUAAAAAGAAUUGUCUGCUGCCAGUACCAGUAAUGGCCACCUUGGCUUCUUUCCCAUAACCUCUAACCCGGAACUUCCUUUCCAUGCAUUCCAGAUGACUUCCUGCCUGUCCUUUUCACGUCUCCUAUCAUAAAAAUCUAUAUGUAUCCUUCUCACCCCUGGUGACCACGUUCCUUCAAGCUUGCUAAACCUAAAUGGAGGAUCUGAUGUCUUCCACCCAGACAACAAAAGAUAAAGUAGGGGUUAGGGGGUAAUGACACACAUGUCCUCAGUGCAGCCAUUUUGUUGUGGUCCACAUUUUUUUUUUUUAAAGGAUGAAAACAAGCCUGGCUUCCUCGAGCUCUCAUCUUGAUCCAUAGGUAUUGCAGAAUUGACUAAAGAAGGAGACCCUUUAUGACCCAGGACUUCUGGAACCCCCUGUAUUACCAGCAGGACUACAAUACCCAGAAUUCCCUGCGGUACUAAAAUUCCCAGGACUGCUUCCUGUAAGAGGUUUCCCAUGAUGAUCGAAGAGGAGAGUGACAUGACUGAGCAGAUAUUAAACCUUACCCUAGAAAUCAUGUAUCUGCUGACCGGAGAGGAUUACAUAGUGGUGAAAACAUCUGGUGAUCGUGUAACCAACGAAAGCCCUCACCAUGUAUCAGAAGGAUUAAAUGGGAGCAAGAGCCCCAACAUGGAGUCUCUACCUCUCUCCCUGAUACGUGAUAAGAACGACAAGAAGAUCCUGGAAGUCACCCAGAAGAUCAUUGAGCUGCUGGCAGGAGAGGUGAGCGGUGCCGGGAAUUCUGGGACAUUAUCCAGUAACAGACAAGGGGUGUGUCUGGAUGGUGACAUUUGGAGGACUUUUUUGGCUUUGACACUGGAGAGGAUGCUGCGGGUGGUGCGAUCAGCUCUGGAGAGGAUGCUGCGGGUGGUGCGAUUGGUGCUGCAGAGGAUGCGAUUGGUGCUGCAGAGGAUGCUGCGGGUGGUGCGCUCGGCGCUGGGGAGGAUGCUGCGGGUGGUGCGCUCGGGGCUGGAGAGGAUGCUGCGGGUGGUGCGCUCGGGGCUGGAGAGGAUGCUGCGGGUGGUGCGCUCGGCGCUGGAGAGGAUGCUGCGGGUGCCGGGCUACAACAACAUGGCCGCCUCCUUGUACCGGAGACAUUUCUGGAUGCUGCGUUUGUGUUCCUUCUUCCAAUCAGCGCUGGGGGGGGAGGGGAUUUCUGGUGGGAGUGUUCAGGUUCUAAUUAGGUGUCAGGAGGUCACUGCCUAUUUCUCCUUGGGGGAGUGGAAGGAUCUAGAAGGACACAAGGAUCUCUACAAGGACUCCAAGAUGGAGAAUCAGCUGGGUGGAUCCAUUGACAGGAACCCACCAGAGAGAAGUCCAAGUCCUGAUUCGUAUAACGCUGCCGUGGACUUCCACGAACUUAAUAUAAUUGUUAAAGAAGAGGAGAUUGCGAUACCAGUGACUGUUAAGGAAGAGGUGGCUCCAGUUGAUAUAGGGAUUGAUGCACCCAAAAAUGAGGACAUCUUGGAAGUGUGCCUUGCUCCAUCUCCAGGCGACUGUAAAACAGAACAUAAUGACAUUGCACUGGUACCUCCCGAAGAAAACAGUGUCGCCCAGAAUAUCCAGAUCGUCCUUUGCUCUGCAAGCAUUUUGCCUAACCCCACUAACUCCAUCAAACUCCCCAGCCCCAUCGCUCCUCCCACUAACUGUAGACGAAAAAAAGUCUUCCCCUGUCCUGACUGUGGCAAAAACCUUAGCCAUAAGGCCAACCUUAUAGCGCACCGGCGCAUUCACACAGGGGAGAAGCCAUUUUGCUGUCCGGAUUGCGGAAGAGCCUUUACCCAGAAAUCGGACCUAGCGAGGCAUCAGAGGAUCCACACGGGAGAGAAGCCUUUCGCGUGUCCGCACUGCGACAGAUGUUUCACCCAGAAGUCCGACCUGGCUCUGCACAAAAACGUGCACGCGGGGGAAAAGCCCUUCCCUUGCUCGGACUGCGGGAAAAAAUUCACACGGAAGUCAGUGCUGAUCAGGCACAGGAGGAUACACACCGACGAGAACCCUUUUCCUUGCCCCGAGUGCGGCAAAUGUUUUGUGCAGAGGUCUGAUCUGGUCUACCACCUCAGAAUUCACGUCGGUGACAAGCCGUUUUCCUGCGAUGAAUGUGGGAAAUCCUUCAUCGGGAAGUCCGAUCUGGUCACCCACCAGAGAAUUCACACCGGCGAGAAGCCUUUCGCCUGCACGGACUGCAGCAAGCGUUUUGCGCACAGAACGAUGCUUAUCAACCACCAGAGGGUCCACACUGGGGAGCGGCCGUUCUUCUGUAUGGAGUGCGGGAAGAGCUUCAUGCAGAAGGCCAGUCUGAUAUAUCAUCAGAGACUUCACAGGGGGGAGAAACCCUUUCCCUGCCUUGACUGCAGCAGAAGUUUUACUCAGAAGUCUGAUCUCGUUCGACAUCAGAGAACUCACAAACAGUAGAUGACUCUACCUCAACGUGUGUGUGUGGGAAAUAGUCUAGUAAAUCUUCCAAUCGCACACCUUCCUGGGCAAAUGGUUCAAAUGUACAAAAAUGGAUGCUGAAGCGAUCACCAGCUGGGUACUGGAGCUGGCUGACGAAGAGGUCCUAUGCGGCC